UCUCAUGGGCCUAGCGAGCUGAACCUUCUGUUUCCCCUACCUAGCUGCGGAAUGCGGACCCCGAGAGGUGCCUCUAUUUCGGCUACAGUACACAUUGCUAGACGCUCCCGCCGUUCCGCGCGUCGUCGCCGCCGCCGCCGCUGCCCGGGUCCUUACGCAAGACCGCGACGUGCAUCUGUGGAUCCAACUCAAGCCACGCUGCGCCUGGAGCGGCUCCCGUCUCGCCGGCCUGGAACCCUAGGCUUGACUCGGGGACCCCAUCUCAUCUGCGCUGCCGCGCGUAGCCUAACGUUGCCAGAAGUAAAGGAUCAUUAGUGCAAUUCCGGUGCUUGCGCGUGCAGGCCGUGCUACCCACGCUCCAAAAUCUCGCCCUUGUUGGGUUUAGAGGUGCAUGAUGUCUUCAGAGGAGCUGAGAGCAAGCUUUUCAGAUUUGGUGGUGUGUUCACCAAUCCGGACAGAGGGCAAAACUUAUUCUUCAGGUGAUUUGUCAUCUGAGGAGGGCGUACAAGUCACUAGUUUCACAGAGGAUCUUCAUGAUGUAACACUUCAUUUUCAGAUAAUGAGGUUUUCUAAACAGAUCUAUGUGUGGGUUGGAUGCAACACAACAAAGUUUGGCCAUUUAUAUGCUGCUGCAACCACUAGGCCGGAUAACAGAGUGAGCGUUACUUCUGUACUGGGAGGAACGUCUGAUAACACCGGAUCAACUUUUAGUAACAGAAAGGAUGCAUCCUUACAUGUCUCAGUGCUGAAGACUGGUCUGAACAUAGUCCUGGCAUGCAACAUCCCAAAAGACAGCCCCAUUCUUGAGGCUGCUGCGGAGAGGAAGCUGGUGGAGAAGCUGAAAGGUUUGGGCUACAUUAAAACUGCAGCUGUGGAGGCUAACACUUCCACGGCACAAUGAUCCUUGGUGAGCUUUCGGUCGACGUGUACCUUCAUCAUUGGAUGCAGCAGGAACAGUUGUUAUUUUUGGUGGGCUUGAUUGGCUAACUGUUUUCUCUGUCCUCUCAUGUGGUAAAAAUUAUUGUGAACAUGUUCGUUGUAAUGUACUCCCUCCAUUUAAAUUGUGGACAUGUUCGUUCUUACUUUUUUAGAUGCAUAAUCUGUACUUUUAUCUAGACAUAAUGUAUAUCUAGAUAUAUAUAGCAAAAAAAAUCAUGUAUCUAGAAAAGCUAGAAUUGGAGUAACACCGUGGAAUGCAGAUUAUGCAAUGCCUUGCAACUUUGAGAUCCUCA